GCUUCUUCAGCAACAAGUGCCUGGAAGGGUCCGCACAGAGCAGUGCGUUCAAGCCACCCGGCCUUACUGUCUUGUCAUUUCAAGAACAUUAAGAAAUAUUAGGUUAAACGCUUCCGGACGCUCUAGAGGCACGCUAAAGUCUGGGCUAAAUAUUUUUUACGCACAAAGUUGCAUCCAACUUUUUUUUUUUACUGAGAAGAUGGAGCUGUCGGAUAUUCCGUUCCCCAUCCCCUCGGCCGAUGAUUUCUAUGAUGACCCCUGCUUCAACACCAGCGACAUGCACUUCUUCGAAGACCUGGACCCCAGGCUAGUGCACGUGAGCUUGCUCAAGUCGGACGAGCACAACCACAUGGAGGACGAACACAUCCGGGCUCCGAGCGGACACCACCAAGCGGGCAGGUGUCUCCUGUGGGCGUGUAAAGCAUGCAAGAGGAAAACCACCAACGCAGACCGGCGCAAAGCCGCAACCAUGAGAGAAAGGAGACGUCUGAGCAAGGUCAACGAUGCUUUCGAAACCCUGAAGAGGUGCACGUCUACUAACCCUAACCAGAGGCUGCCCAAGGUGGAGAUCCUGAGAAACGCCAUCAGCUACAUCGAGUCUCUCCAAGCUUUACUCAGAAGUCAAGAGGAGAACUACUACCCGGUCCUGGAGCAAUACAGCGGCGAUUCAGACGCCUCCAGUCCCAGGUCCAACUGCUCCGAUGGCAUGAUGGAUUUUAAUGGCCCUGCUCGCCCUUCCGGAAGAAGGAACAGCUAUGACAACUCGUACUUCAGCGAAACUCCAAACGGAGAUGUGAGGAGUAAUAAGAACCCGGUGGUGUCGAGUUUGGACUGUUUGUCCAGUAUUGUGGAGCGGAUCUCCACCGAGUCUCCCGCCUCCUCGUCGCUUCCUGCGGCUGAGCUGUGUGAGGGGGUCACCGGCUCUCCAGCCGACACCAGCGCGCCUUCCCCAAACACCUGCAGCCCGUCCGGCCCGAGCCACGACCCCAUCUAUCAAGUGCUCUGAACUGCGAGAGGAAACACAUCCAUACACACAUCCACAACAUUUCAGAGAAGGCGAGGGACGAUGUAAACCAGCCAGCAUUAAUGAGGACUACUACUCCUGCCAUGAACUGCAAAACAAAACAAAACAAAACAAAACAAACUAUCACCAAACUGUUCAAGACGAUGGAGAACAGAAGAAAAAUCCUUUAGAUUUCUUUCUUUCUUUCUUUCUUUCUUUCUAGAAAAUGUCAAAUUCCAUUAUGAUCGUGGCUCUACAGAAGUCAGUUUCUUAACUCAGCUUAUUUAUAUAAUAAUGUCAGUGUUGCCAUAUGUGACCAUAUUUUUCCCUUUCUUUCUUUUUCUUUUUCUUUCUUUCUUUUUUUUUUGAGAGACUACUUUCUGUCACUUUCACGUUCUUUGAUUAUUUCCUAAUUAUUUACGGAGAAUAACCACUGCAGAUAUGAAAAUUAGAGGACCAUUUUUGUACAUGUGUAUAUAAGAGCUGUUUUGUUAAAAACACGGAGAAAAGAACAAACAGAAUUGUGUAUUUAAUAUUGCCUGUUUGAGACGUUUGUUGUGUCCUGCGUUUAAACUUUAUAUUUAUACAUCUUCAACGAGUGAAUGUCGAAUAAAUAAAGAUAUGAAUUAUUUAUACACAGAAAUUUGCUUGCGUAAUUGUU